AUGGGUGAACUUGAGCAUGAUAUAGUUUUCCAUAGUAGUGAUAUCGUUGGGAUGAUUUAUGGAAUAAACCAAGAUGAGUACUGUCAUAUGGAUUUGGAAGCCGAUAUUAACAAAGCUACACUCCCAGCUUCAAAUGCAAAUGUGGAUGUAAAUGAAAAUAGAGAAGUUGAUAAUAUGGUUGCAAGUGUUGUAAAUAUUCAAUUUGAGGUUGAAAAUGGGGAAACUGAUUUGAGAGAUGAUGAUAAGGAGGAUGAUAUAUAUGAUUUUAGUUUUAAGGAUAAGGACUGGAGAGGUGAUGAUGUUCUAAUUCUAGGAAUGAUUGCCAAUAUGUUUGGCCAAUUAGCACGUGAAAAUGUGAUACAAGUAGUGAUGGUUUCUCAGAUUAUCGAUAUGGGAAUGAAGGUGGUAUGA